UUUUAUUAUUGCUACUUAAUCAAAUCAAUUCAUAAUCAGUCGGUGUUGUAAACACCUUGCAGUUGAAAGCUUUUUCGAAUAUGAUAAAGUUAAUUAUUUGAUAUAAUGAAUAGGAUGUUAGUGUUUUUGAACCUUUUCGUUAUUUCAAUAUCUAUAGCGAGACAAAUAGACGACACUACAAUAACAAAUAUUGAAUAUGCAAAUUAUAAAAUUGACCAUCAAACUCUGCGGAUUCCUGAUGAAACUGAUGAUGUUUUCUCGGUUUUACUCAAAAAAGACGAUGUUAUAAGCACUAGUGAUUUGAAUAAAAUAUAUAGCUCUUUAGAAAACAUACUUGCUAAAACACGAUAUUUAAAAGAUGAAACAGAUAAUGAAGGAUUAGAAAAAGCAGAUUCAAAACAAGAGAGUCGUGCUGCUAAUCCAGAGUUAAUCAAUAAAAAAUAUGUUGAAUCUGAAGAAAGAAGUGAGACUUCAAAAGCAGCAGAAAUUGAAACUAGAGAUGAGAAGAAAGUAGAAAGUAAACCAUCACGAAGAAGUAGUGCCACAGCUAAAAUACAUGAUGAAUCUAAAAUGACUGAGCACGAAACAAAAAGUGAUGCUGCUGCUAAAACAGUAGGAGAAUCUAAAUCUGCUACAAAAGAGGAAAGUAAAAAAGGAGAAAGUAGAAGUGCUACUGCUAAAGCAGUUGGUGAAUCGAAAGAUGCUAUGAAAGAAACUGAAACAGUAGAAAUAACUAGUGAGUUAAAUGACUUGGAAAAAACUACGACACCAUUUAGAAGGGCAAUCAAAGAUGCAGAUUAUUUACAAAAUGAGGAAGACGAAAUUAAAGACGAAAUUGCCUCUGAUGAAGAUUCUGAUAGGAAAGGUCAUAACCUUUCUUAUCAGAUUCCUAAGCCUAUAAAUGAUGAAUCAAAUUCGUCUUGGGAUUUGUUUGACGACGUACCUGUUACAGGAAGUAUGAAGUUGCAGCCUAGCAAUAUAAAUAUUGAGAUCAAAGGAAAAGCUGGGGAUGAAAUUGUUGAACCCGUAGAAGCAAGAAAUGUUCCUGAAACAAAGAUAACAGCAAGAAAUCAUAUUUCACAUGGUAAUGUGUGUUAUCCUCCAACAACUCCGUUAACACCGCCUCCCCAGUUCCGGAGCACAAUUUCAGUUCCACACGCCCAUCCAGCCACAUUACCCCAACGUCGUUUGAUCGUUCCAGGAUUUGUAAAAAAUCGUCCUCCUGAUACAACUGAUUUCAGAAGAGUACUAACUCAAGAGGGAAAUACUGACAUUAAUAGAAAUAUAGAAGACAAACCAAUAGUUAACUCUGAAAGUGACGAUGUGAAUCCAAAUGUCGUCUUAGAUCCUAAUGAGAUAUCUGAAAUACCGCUAGACUCCAGAGACCUCGUAAAAGAUUAUAAUUUUGAAGACCUUUCUAAUAAGGCUGAAACACCACAUGCAGUAAAUGCUAAUCCUGUAAUUGCCAAAUUGAUAGAAGCCUCUGAACAUCCACAAAGAAUUUUUAUUCCCAAUUUAAAUGGAGACAAUGUGCAAAAACUACCAAGCGGUUUUUACAGUAAUAACAUGAAUCCUUACAAAAAUAAUUAUUAUAAUCCAAAUAUUGGGCAUAUGCAAAACUAUCCAAGGAUACCUUACUUAAGGCCAAUAAUUAACUAUGCUGUACCACAAAAUUACGGUGCCUUUAAAUACGUACCUGGAUUUGGAUAGCCAAGAUAUCUAUUUUAAUUUUAACAUACUAUUUUUUAAGUGAUAUGUAAAAAUACCACAUAAAUAAAUAACAAGUGUAAAUU